AUGUUCUUCUCGGACGGGGCCUCAGACCAUCCCGGUCUCACCCCCUGGAAAGAAUUUGAGUUCGCCAUGAAGGAAGUUGGAUUGGAAGUGACAAAAAUCAACGGUGGGACUCGUCACUUUUCUGCCGUCUCGCCUGCCAUCGUUCCGCGGGCUCCGUACUCGACUCAUGCCCCACACGAUGGUAAAAUCGAGUUCUGGACGGUUCGAGCCAUGGGCCGUGAUCUUGCUAAUAAAUAUGGGUGGACGUGGGAGACCUUUUCCCUCAAGCAGUAG